CAACGUGCGUUUUAAACGUCAUCACUAUAAGCCUGCAGAUUGCAUGUUGCUAAUGAUCCUCUGCACCUACGCAAAAUGAAUGUUAUAACAGAAUGAAAAUACUUUAGCUUGUAAUUUAAAAUGUCGGAGACGUUGAACGGAGACUCAUCAGAAACCCUCCGAGCUCGCCAGCAAACUUUACAAGAGCUCACGGAGUUCACUGAAAACUGUCAAACGCAACUGAAAGAACUGUUCGACUCGCUUGGAUGGGACCAAGAAUGGAACGAAAAUAUCAGCAAGGAGUCGAUGAAAUCAUGCCCUUACGACCCAAACCACCGUGUUCCAGACAGAAGCAUGGAAAGACACAAAGUAAAAUGUCUGCUUAACCAGAUGGGUUAUUCCAAAGAUGAACAGGCAGAGAUGUUUGACCCUUCAGGUUGUUACGAGAGAGCCAGCAUUCCUAGUGUGAUUAUGGACAAAAACUUACAACAGCAAGUCAUCCAACAAGCAAGAGCAAAGGCACCUCUAAUCAAAAUGGAAGGACAGUACAGCCAAGGUGACUACUCUAAGGAUGCCAAUGAUGUCCCUCAGAACUAUAAGAGAGCUACAUGUGACCUCACAGUGGCUGACCGAUUGGCUCUGUAUGAUCAUGUGACCCAAGAGACGCUGAGAGCCAAAACAGAAGCCGCCAACAAUGAGGACCUCUACGUGGAUCUGGUUGCCAAGCUCAAGAAAGAUGAUGGUCAGAGCGGUCCGAAGUCUCACCUGGAGGUAUUGGCAGAGAUGAGGGACUACAAGAGGCGGCGUCAGUCAUACCGAGCUAAAAACGUCCACAUCACCAAGAAGUCUUACACUGAGGUGAUCCGGGAGGUGAUAGAUGUUCACUCUGGUGAGCUUGCUAACAUGUGGCAGGAGGAUGAGCAGGAGCCUGAGAUGGAGGAGGCAAAAACAUCCAAACACUCCUCUCACAGGAGGCAGUCUGAGGACCAGCGUUCGGCCUCUGUGGAGUCACGCCAGUCUCAUGUCAGCUCCAGAGAGGACCACAGCUCCAAAGAUGGCCACAGUCACGGCCACAGCCACAGCUCUCGCCAUAAACGCAAGCGCAGCCGGGAACGCAGUCGAGAGGAGGAUGACACCGGCAGGGUGAAGAGGGAUUCCCACUCUCCAGAGGUGAAACGUCAUCAUAAGAAAAAGAAGAAGAAGAAAAAGAAAGAGUAGUUUCCAGAGGUGUGGACGGCAGUUCCUAUUUGGUGCCAUGUUCCAUUUCAAACGUGUUGUAACGUCUUUUUUUCUUUUUGCCAUUGUUUUAGCUCUGUGAGUCUGAGGUCUUACAUGGACACAUAUCUGUGUUCCUAAAACAAAUAAAGUGCACUGAUUUGGUUUGUUAAUUACUGUGGGUAUUAGCAUUCACUGUGUUAUUCACAAGUGUAGUCUUCCAGCGUGUCUAAUUUUAUUUUUACUGCAUCCUUUCUGCUUUGGUAGUAAACAGGUGCUCUGAUUGGUUGAUUGUAUUGACACUAAUAUUUUCUCAUAAUUCUAUGAGAAAUUAGUGUUAAAAGUGAAAUACUAUUAAAGUCUCUAUUAGAGGUCUGAGGGUAGGGUUUAUUAAGCAUCUUCUGUUAUGAAACUGGUAUGAUGGUCUAGAGACAUUGAGGACAACAAACGGUUGAAACAUGUCUGUCUAUUGUGUUCGCAGCAAUUAAACAAAAAAAGAUAUUCA